UACAGAUGUCGGUUCAUGAGGCUUUGUCAGCAGCAACCGUGCUGGUUUCCUUUGUCUCCUUCUUACAUCACCGUUGAUGGAACAAUCAUGCUUAAGCUCCUCAAUCUUCUUCCAUCCUCAUCUUCUAAACUCUUCUCACGAUACAUUCUCUCACUCUCCACCAAACUCCCACCACCGCUCACACGACCAUUCUCUCACCACCCCGCCACCACCACCAUGUCCAUAAACCUACGCACACACGCCUUCGCCGGCAACCCGCUCCGGUCCCGGACUCCUAACCGGGUCGAACCGCUUUCCCCUGCCGCGGCGCACGAGACCUUGAAAACGCGAAUUGCGGAGACCGCGGGCGAGUCCGUGUCCGUGAAUUUGAAGGUUUUACCUUUCAGAAACGGGAGGCCCCUGGCGUCUUCGGGCAGCAGUGACGCGUGGCGGCUGGCGUGGUUGGGGUUGGAGGAAGUGAAGAGGCUGCUGGGCGCGAACCUGAGCGCGGACUCGUUCGUGUAUUUGGGGUACGACGCGGACGAGGAUUCGGUGUAUUGGGCGAUCGACUUGUCAAGGGAGAGUAUUUUGGUGGCUGAAUUUGGUGCCAUGAAGCUCUGCUUUGUCGAGCUGAGAACGCUCAUGGUUGCUACCGACUGGGUCGAUUUGAAGGCCAUGGGGAGCUUGGCCAUUGCCGGUCAUGCCAGGGCACUUCUUGAAUGGUAUAAUAUAUCACGAUUUUGUGGACAUUGUGGAGAGAAAACAGUGCCAAUGGAAGCUGGGAGGCGGAAACAAUGUUCAAAUGAAUCAUGCAAAAAGAGGAUAUAUCCACGAGUUGACCCGGUGGUCAUUAUGCUAGUAAUUGAUUCAGACAAUGAUCGUGCCCUUUUGAGCAAACAAUCAAGAUUUGUACCUAGAAUGUGGAGCUGCUUGGCAGGUUUUAUAGAGCCAGGAGAAAGCUUAGAAGAGGCUGUAAGAAGAGAAACAUGGGAGGAAGUUGGUAUUGAAGUGGGAGAAGUUGUAUAUCAUAGUUCUCAACCAUGGCCUGUUGGACCAAAUAGCAUGCCAUGUCAGCUGAUGGUAGGGUUCUUUGCAUAUGCAAAAUCCCUUGAAAUAAAUGUGGACAAAGAAGAGUUGGAAGAUGCUCAGUGGCAUAGUAGAGAAGAAGUAAGAAGAGCUCUGACAUUUACUGAAUACAAGAAAGCCCAACAAACUGCAGCAGCAAAGGUAGAACAAAUGUGUAAGGGAGUAGAAAAGACUCACAGCUUGUCUACAGAGUUCAAUGUGGAAAGUGGUGAACUUGCUCCAAUGUUUGUUCCUGGACCCUUUGCAAUAGCACAUCACCUUAUAUCCUCCUGGGCAUUCCCAGAUAAAGAUGUAAAUGGCAUUGAAUGUCGUUCAAAACAACCUAGUGGCUCUAUGUCAAAUUUGAAGGUGAAGGGGUGUCCUCACCAGUGACGAGAUUCUCAUGAAAAAUUGUGAAUAAUCCACACACCAAGAAUUGGAGACACCUACCUUUCAUUUUACAUACCUUUGAUUUUUUUACAUUGUUUUUCAUACUAAACACGUUCGAUAUUAUGAAUCAUCAUAAGACUGACUACAUUAUAUUUCA